GUGAACUCCGUGGGUCCCUCGCCAUUUUCCACUCUCACCAACUCUCCAUGGCUGCCGGUGCCUUCCUCUCUUCGUCUUCUUCCACCCAUGCCAACUGGAUCUACGACGUUUUCUUGAGUUUCAGAGGCGAAGACACGCGCAAGAAUUUCACUGACCACCUCUACUUUGCUCUCAGAAAUGCCGGAAUCAAGACCUUCAGAGAUGACAACGAGCUCCGAAGAGGAGAAGAUAUUGCAUCCGAUUUGUUGUCGGCAAUACAAGGGUCCAAAAUCUCUGUCAUCGUCUUCUCCAGAAGCUACGCGGCUUCCAGGUGGUGCCUGGAAGAGCUUGUGAAGAUCAUAGAGUGCCGAAGAACGGUGAGGCAACUGGUUCUACCUAUCUUUUACGAUGUUGAACCGUCGGAUGUGCGCAACCAGACGGGUAGCUUCGCGCAAGCAUUUUCGAAACAUGAAGAGCGUUACUUGUUGGACAGAGACAAGGUACUCAGGUGGAAGAGAGCUCUGAUUGAGGCUGCUAAUUUGUCCGGAUGGGAUCUAAGAAAUACUGCAGAUGGGCAUGAAGCCAAGUUUAUUAAGAAUAUUGUUGAAGACGUUUCAACGAAACUCAACAACACAUACUUAUAUGUCACACUCUACCCAGUUGGAGUAGAGUCUCGUGUGCAAGACAUCACCUCAUUGUUAAGGGUUGGAGUCGAUAAUGUCCGCAUGGUAGGAAUUUGGGGAAUGGGCGGAAUUGGAAAAACAACCAUUUCUAAAGCCAUAUAUAACCAAAUUUUUCAUAAUUUUGAAGGUAAGAGUUUUCUUGCAAAUAUUAGGAAAACUUCUAAGCAACCUGAUGGUCUGGUUCGAUUACAGAAGCAACUUCUUUCUGAUAUCUUGAAGAUGGACAAAACAAAAGUGAAUAAUGUUGAUACAGGAAUUGCUACAAUACAAGAAAGACUUCGUCAUAGAAAGGUACUUGUUAUACUUGAUGAUGUAGACCAAUUGGAGCAACUCAAUGCCAUAGCUAGAAGUCGUGAUUGGUUCGGCCCAGGAAGUAGGAUUAUUAUAACAACUAGAGAUGAGCAAUUGCUAAAGAUGCUUGAAGUAGAUGCAGUAUAUGCAACAAAAGAAAUGACUAAAAUUGAAUCGUUGGAGCUCUUUAGUUGGCAUGCCUUUAGGAAUAGUUCUCCAACUGAAGAUUAUAAGGACUUGUCAAGAAGCAUCGUUGCUUAUUCUGGAGGAUUACCACUAGCUCUUGAAGUUUUGGGUUCUUUCCUAUUCUCUAGGAGCAUGCAGGAAUGGGAAAGUACAUUGGACAAAUUGAAAAAGAUUCCUCAUGAUCGAAUUCAAAAAAAGCUUAGAAUAAGCUUUGAUGCACUAAGUGAUAGUACUCAGAAGGAUAUUUUCCUUGAUAUAUCCUGUUUCUUUAUCGGAAUGGACAAAAACUAUGUUAUACAAAUAUUGGAUGGAUGUGGUUUUUUUGCAGAGAUUGGAAUUAGUGUCCUCAUUCAGCGGUGUCUUCUUUCAGUUGGUGAGAGAAACAAGCUCAUAAUGCAUGAUUUGCUUCGAGAUAUGGGAAGAGAAAUUGUUCGUGAAGAAUUCCCCAAAAUACCGGGAAAGUGUAGUAGAUUAUUGCUACAUAAAGAUGCACUUGAUAUAUUGGCAAAGCAUGAGGGAACAAAAGCAGUUGAAGGACUUACUUUAAAAUUGCCAAGAUUAAGUAAGGUGAAUUUCAGUACAAGAGCAUUUAUAAAAAUGCAGAGAUUGAGAUUACUUCAACUUGAUUAUGUACACCUCACUGGAGAUUAUGAACAUCUUUCCAAAGAGUUAAGGUGGCUCCGUUGGCAUGGAUUCCCGCUAAAGCUUUUGCCAAACAAAUUUUACUCAAGAAAUCUAGUUGCGAUUGACUUGCGAUAUAGCAAUCUCACACAAGUUUGGAAAAAUUCCGAGAAUUUGUUCGAGGAGUUGAAAUUCCUAAAUCUCAGUCAUUCCCAUUACCUAACUCGAACUCCUAACUUUGCAAGACUCCCUAAUCUUGAGAAACUAAUACUCAAAGAUUGUACGAGUUUGUUUGAGGUUCACCAGUCUAUUGGAGGUCUUACUAAUCUCAUUUUGGUAAAUUUGAAAGAUUGUCAAAGUCUUGAAAGUCUGCCAAGGAGUUUCUAUAAGUUGAAGUGUGUUCAAAUUCUCAUUCUUUCUGGUUGUUCUAAAUUUGACAAUUUGGCUGAUGAGUUGGGGGAGAUGGAAUCCUUGACAACUUUUCUUGCAGAUAACACUGCUAUAAGACAAGUGCCACGUACCAUAGUACAAUUGAAGAGCCUCAGAUACUUGUCGUUGUGUGGGUGUAAAGGAUCGCCAUCAAAGUCACUCCCUUCACUCCUUUUGUCUUGGAUAUCUCCUAGGAAAAGUUCGAAGUCAGUCAAUCUAUUGCCUGCUUCACUACAAGGCUUGAACGUACUAAGAGAAUUACGUCUCGGAGAUUGCAAUUUAUCAGAUGAUGCAAUUCCUAAAGAUCUUGGGAGUUUAUGUUCCCUUGAAUUGUUAGAUCUAAAAAACAAUCAUUUUCGUAGCCUACCAUCAAGCCUUGGUGGUCUUUCGAAGCUUCGAAGGCUCAUGUUGGAUAAUUGCCUAAAGCUUCAAUCUAUUCCAGAUUUACCACCAAAUUUGAGUAAUUGCCAUGCAUCAUACUGCAUGGCAUUGGAAAGAAUGCCAAAUAUAUCAAACAUCUCAAAUUUGCAACAUCUAUACCUCCCUUAUUGCAAUAAAUUACUCGAGAUUCCAGGCUUGGAUAAGUUGUUGAAGUCCAUUUGGGAGAUUCAGUUGGUAGGGUGUAGCAAUUUAACAAACACUUUUAAACAAAGCAUCCUACAGGAAUGGAUUCCGAGUGAAUUUGGUGAUAGUUUUUCCAUUUGUCUACCUGGCAAUGAUAUUCCUGAUUGGUUUACGUAUAAGGAAGAGGGACCCUCCGUAUCUUUUGAAGUGCCUCGCAUGAUUGAAGGGUUCACACUACGCAUUGUUUAUUCAUUAUGUCCUGACAAGAUGGUAGAUGGUGAUCUUACCAAUUAUUUUUCCCCUCUAGAUGUUACAGUAAUCAAUUAUACCAAGAAUAUCACUCACAUUGAACUUUCAGAAUCAUUUAAUCUAUCAAUCGCCCAUGAGGUUGAAGAUCACAUUUGGCAAGUCACUAUUGAUAAACUUUUGUUCGAUUUGGAGGCCAGUGACCGAGUAGAGGUUAACGUAAAUACUCGGCCAGGAGUCGAUGUUAAGAAAACAGGGGUUUUCCUAAUAUAUGACAGGGUUGUAGAUGGAAGUAUGGUUCAUUAUGCCUCUACAUCCAAUAAGGAUGCCAUUAUUGUUAGUGACAAUGGAGACGCAUCUAUAGAUCAUGUUGCAAUCGAGUCUAAAAGAGGCCUUAGUGAUGAUAAAUCAGAAUCAUGCUAUGGUUGCUUUGACGACGAUCGAGAGGCUAAAAGAUUGAGGUGUGAACAUAAUCCUGAUGGUAAAGUAGAAUCAAGCUGUGGUUGCUUUGAUGACGAUCGAGAGGCUAAAAGAUUGAGGUGUGAACAUAAUCCUGAUGUUAAAGCAGAAUCAAGCUGUGGUUGCUUUGACGACGAUCGAGAGGCUAAAAGAUUGAGGUGUGAUCAUGAUACUGAAAUGAGUAUAGAUGACGAUUGAAGAAAUUAAGAAAGCUCAUAUCACAAGAAGCAAGUGCAUUUCAUGACUAUUUUCCUUUGGACCAUUUUGAAUUUUUUUUCACUAAUUGUUUGAAUUAUGUAUCUGGGUUUCUCGAGAUUUGAUUUGUAUUCAAAGAUUUCAAUGUUGAUUCUCAUUUUUCUUUUAAUUUUUUUGACAUUUAUUCUGAAGUUGUUUUAACGAGUUCUUUUGGCUUCGGCGGAGAA